GCGCCCCAAGAUCGUGUAUAAAACAUCCAGGUGGGUCGAUAAAGUGGCAUAAACUAUUUUAGAUGUUGGGGGGUUAUCAUGUCUAUUAUGUUAUCUGAUAUGAUGGGCGGUGAUAACGACGACGACAACAGUGAAUUGAGUGAACACGCGAGAUUUUUGACUAAGGGUGCGUUCCUCCUCACACCCUCCCACGAUCUUAGCUUGGACAAGGCCGCCAACAUUUGCGACAAACUGAACUUCAGGGGCAGUUUUAGCCUCACCAAGACGGCCACCGGGAUUUUAUUUAAAUUUUCCGAACCGGACGACUAUCAGCAAGUGUUUAGGAAGGGAUUUCAUAAGGUUACGGGUGGAAGAUUAUAUAGAAAAGUGGCUAUUCCGUGUCGUCCGCAAAAGACCUUCUCGUUGCUGGUGCACGAGGUGCCAAUAGAUCUUCCGGAGGACGAUAUAAGGGCAAGUUUAUAUCGUUUUUCUUCAGUGGUGGAAGUGACGAGGCUACAAAGCCGCCUGGAUCAACCCCCAGGCACCCCCAACCCCAUCAGGAUCACCGUGGCCUCCCUCGAUGAGUACAACACCCUUUUGCAACAAGGGUUGGAUUUUUACGGAGCCACCUACUUCCCCACUGAACCUUUGAAGAAGGACAUGCUUAAGGGUAGUAAAGAAGGCAAUUGUUUUGAUUCGUCAGGUCUGCUUCCGGUGUUCGAUUCGGCGGGGUUUUCGCGAAUACCCCCACCACCAAGUCGUACACUGAAACCCGCCAGGUCUUAGGGAGAACUCGUAAGGGCGGAGUCAUGGUCGAACUUACCAGGCAACGGUCCAGAUUUUGAAAGUUUCACUCAUUUUUUUUUUAUUAUUGAUUAUGGAUUAUUACACUUUUUGUUAUCGGGUAGAUUAUUGUUAGUUUCUGUGAAUAUAAAUUAUAUAUGAAAAA